AUGUCUGUGAAAAUUAUAGCAGCCCUGCUCCUGCUACAGCUGAGUGGCUUUUUUGGACCUGUGAGUGGUGGGAAGGUGUUGGUUUGGCCAGUGGAAUUCAGCCAUUGGCUCAACUUAAAGACAAUCCUAGAUGAGCUUGUGAAGAAGGGUCAUGAAGUGAUUGUUCUAAGACCUUCAGUUUCCUUUUCUUAUGAGGUUGAAGACACAUCUGCUAUUGAAUUUGAAACAUACCCUACGACAUAUGACAUGGAUGGUUUAGAGGAAUUUUUCAUAGAAUCCAUCAAUAAAUACAUUUAUGAGCUACCAAAGCUAUCAUUUUGGAGAUACUUUUUAAUGUUGCAAGAACUGUUUUUGUUAGAAUCAGAAUAUUCUGAGAGUCUCUGCAAAGAUGUUGUUUUGAACAAGGAACUCAUGACAAAGCUACAAAAUUCAAGCUUUGAUGUCAUCCUGGCAGAUCCCUUCUUACCCUGUGGUGAUCUGCUGGCUGAGAUUCUCAAGACACCACUUGUGUUCAGUCUCCGCUUCUUCCCUGGCUCCACAUACGUAAAGUACAGUGGCGGACUCCCACUACCUCCUUCCUACGUGCCACCUGCCAUGUCAGAAUUGAGUGAUCGGAUGACGUUCAUGGAGAGGGUACAAAAUGUACUCUAUGUGCUUUGUUUUGACUUCUGGUUCCAAACAUUUAAUGAGAAGAAGUGGAAUCAGCUUUACACUGAAGUAUUAGGAAGACCCACAACACUCCUGGAGAUAAUGGGGAAGGCAGAUAUAUGGCUCAUUCGAACCUACUGGGAUUUGGAAUUUCCUCACCCUGUGUUACCAAAUUUUGAUUUUGUUGGAGGACUGCAUUGCAGACCUGCCAAGCCUCUGCCUAAGGAAAUAGAGGACUUUGUCCAGUCUUCUGGAGAACAUGGUGUUGUGGUGUUUUCCCUGGGAUCCAUGGUGGGUAACCUAACAGAAGAAAGGGCCAAUGUGAUUGCAGCAGGCCUCGCCCAGAUUCCACAGAAGGUUCUUUGGCGAUUUGAAGGCAAGAAGCCAGACACCUUGGGCUCCAACACUCAGCUGUACAAAUGGAUCCCCCAGAAUGACCUUCUUGGUCAUCCUAAAACCAAAGCUUUUAUAACUCAUGGUGGCACCAAUGGCAUCUAUGAGGCGAUCUACCACGGGGUCCCUGUGGUUGGCAUUCCUUUGUUUACAGACCAAUUUGAUAAUGUUGUUCACAUGAAGACCAAAGGAGCGGGUAUGAGACUGGACUUUCUCACAAUGUCCAGUACAGAUUUGUUCAAUGCAGUGAAGACAGUCACAACUGACCCUUCCUAUAAGGAGAACGCCAUGCGGCUAUCAAGAAUUCACCAUGAUCAGCCAGUGAAGCCCCUGGACAGAGCUGUCUUCUGGGUUGAGUAUGUCAUGCGCAAUAAAGGAGCCAAGCACCUUCGUGUGGCAGCACAUGACCUCACCUGGUUCCAGUACCACUCUCUGGAUGUGCUUGGAUUCCUGCUUGCCUGUGUGGUGACUGUGAUCUUCAUCAUCACAAAGUGCUGUCUCUUUUGUUGUCAGAAGUUUGCUAAAGGUGGAAAGAAGAAGAAAAGGGAGUAA